AUGAUCAAGAAAGGGAAACAGGCGCGCAAAAAGCAGAGAGGAGAGAGAGAGAGGGAAAAACGGUUGCGAUAGGAGAAGAAGAGGAGGGAGACAAAAGAAAGGGGGGGGGGGGGGAGAGAGAGAGAGAGAGAGAGAGAGAGAGAGAGAGAGAGAGAGAGAGAGAGAGAGAGAGAGAGAGAGAGAAGAUGAUUGAGGUGGUGUUGAACGAUCGGUUGGGGAAGAAGGUGCGUGUGAAAUGCAACGAGGAUGACACCAUUGGAGACUUGAAGAAGCUAGUUGCGGCGCAAACGGGGACGCGGCCUGAGAAGAUUAGGAUACAGAAAUGGUACACGAUCUACAAGGAUCACAUAACUCUGGCGGACUACGAAAUCCACGACGGCAUGGGUCUGGAAUUGUACUAUAAUUAACCAACCAACUGAUUAAUAUCCCACCGUCCUUGCGUGCGUCAAUCAAUCCGAGAACCCACAAGUUCAUCGCCAGGGCAUGAUUCUUGUAAAGAUAUGUUGCGUGAAGGAGAAGCAGAAGGAGAAGCAGAAGGAGAAGAAGCAGAAGGAGAAGAAUUAUGAGGAGCUGCAAGACUUACUGAGCGAUGGACAUGAACACGUGUUUUAACGGACAUGAACACGUGUUUUAACGAACGGCCACGUGUCGGCUAUGGAUUCGGACUGUCGCUGCUUUUUGGUAAUAAUACGUAUGGGUCAGGCAGUAUAGCGAGGAGCUUGUUCCAUCCAUGUACUGCCACGUGUCGCGGCCCUGGCUCAAGGGAAGAUGCCGUUCACCUGGUGAUGCCGGCGAUGGCGGCGGCUUUGUGCGACAAGAGAGAGGAAAGGAGAGAAGAGGAUCAGGUAUGGAAUCGAACUGUCGCCUGACUUUUGUAUUAUUACGGAACGGAAGGGUAUACAAACGGAAAACAACACCCUUCUGGCGCUCACGUCUGAAGAUAUGUGGCGACGAUGAUGACUGAUAGUCACGCAAUUGGGCGAUAAAGGCGAUGACAGAGCAUCUGACGACGAUGGUGACAACCGGAAGAUGGCGGCGAUGACGAUGAUGACCGUCGCACAACAGGGCGACGGCGGCGAUGGUGACAGUCACACAACUCGGCGAUGAAGGGGAUGAUUACCGAUGGUUUCUGCGAUGACGAUCGUCACACAAUCGGACGACGGCGGCGAUGGCGGUGAUGGUGACCGUCACAAUAUCGGGCGAUGGCGGCGACGAUGGCGACGGUGACUGUCACACAACAGGGCGAUGGCGGCAAUGGUGACUGUCACACAACUGGGCGAUGAUGCCAGCGAUGAUCAUAGUCGCACAGUCGGGCUAUGGCGGCGAUGGCGGUGAUGGUGACCGUCAUGCAAUCGGGCGAUGGCGGUGCAAUGAUGAGUUAACGUCAGGGUGUUAGCUCUUAUCACUCUCCAAAGUGCGGGAGGGCACGUGCGGAGCGGCAGGGUUGGGUGAUGUCAAUCGUCGUCGAUCUCGGAGACCAGAUCACAUUCCAUUAUCCGUUCGAAAUUGGUUUUCCCCUCACUUUUUCUCAGUCUUGUACACUGCCUUGCCUGCGCUUUUGUUGCUGCGUUGAGGUGUCUGCUUUGCCUGUAUGUCUGAAUUCAUGCGAGAACUCUGCUUGGAGU